GGGCCCCGGAUGGAGGUGCUGAGGGUCGGGCCCCGCCUGGGAGGUCGGGACGGGCGGGCGCUGGGCACCUGGCGCCAGCUAGGGAGCCCUCGCUUUCUGAGGGGCGGGAAGUUGUCAAAUGAAGGCCGGGGGAAAGGGAGGCGGAGGCUACGGAAGAACCCCGCCCCACCGCCAUAGCUACCGCUCGUUGCCGCCUCUUCCUUUACAGGCUCCCACCCUCCCCCGUCUUCCGGCGCUAUGGCCUGGGUUCCGCCGGAACUCCCAGGAAUAAACCCCUGGCCGUGGCCCCUCGGGAAGCCUGAGGAGCUCAGUCCUGCUGCAACACCCUUGAAUUCCUGAUGGUGAGAGGAUGUGGCCCCUGAACCCGUCCCAGAAAGAGGUGGUAAGGUUUGCAAUCAGCUGCCGGGUCCUGACUUUGGUGCUGCAGGCCCUGUUCAACACCAUCAUCCCAGAUCACCAGGCAGAUGCCUUCUCCCCACCUCGCCUGGCCCCCUCGGGCUCUGUGGACCAACUUGUAGAAGUUCUUCUGGGUGGCCUGUCUCACUGGGAUGCUGAGCACUUCCUGUUCAUUGCCGAGCAUGGCUACCUGUAUGAGCACAACUUUGCCUUCUUCCCUGGUUUCCCCUUGACCCUGCUGGUAGGGGCUGAAUUGCUGCUGAGACCCCUGCGAGGGUUACUGAGCCUACGGAGUUGUUUGCUAAUUUCAGUAGCAUUGCUCAACUCCUUGUUCUCUGUGCUGGCUGCCGUGGCACUUCAUGACCUGAGCUGUCUGGUUUUGCAUAGUCCUCACCAGGCCUUCUACACAGCACUGCUCUUCUGCCUCAGCCCUGCCAAUGUCUUCCUGACAGCUGGUUACUCAGAAGCUCUGUUUGCCUUCUUGACAUUCAGUGCCAUGGGGCAGCUUGAGAGGAGCCAAAGCUGGACUAGUGGAUUCCUCUUUACCCUUGCCACUGGUGUACGCUCCAAUGGGCUCAUCAACAUUGGGUUCCUUGUGCAUUCCCAAUGCCGGAGCCUUUUUUCUUCUCUCAAGGUGAAGAGCCCCCUGAGGCAGCUCAUUAAGCUGAUGGCCUCUGCAUCCCUGUCAGUGCUCACACUUGGCCUUCCCUUUGUCCUCUUUCAGUAUUAUGCCUACACCCAGUUUUGUUUACCAGGCUCAGCCCCAUCCAUCCCUAAGCCCUUGCAGCAGUUGGCUGUGGAUAAAGGAUACCACAUUGCAGAUGGAAAUAAGCCACCUUGGUGCUCCUGGAAACUUCCCCUAAUAUACAACUAUAUCCAGGAUGUCUACUGGAAUGUUGGCUUUUUGAGAUACUAUGAACUCAGGCAAGUGCCCAAUUUUCUACUAGCUGCACCAGUGGCUAUACUGGUUGCCUGGGCAACUUGGACAUAUGUGACCACCCACCCUUGGCUCUGCCUUACACUUGGGCUGCAAAGGAGCAAGAACAGUAAGACCCUACAGAAGCCUGAUCUUGGAUUUCUCAGUCCUCAAGUGUUUGUGUACCUGGUCCAUGCUGCAGUGCUCCUGCUCUUUGGAGGUCUGUGCAUGCAUGUUCAGGUUCUCACCAGGUUUUUGGGCUCCUCCACUCCUAUUGUUUACUGGUUUCCAGCUCACCUGCUUCAGAAUCAAGAGCCAUUGCUGAGGUCCCUAGAGACUGUGCCUUGGAAGCCUCUUGCAGGGGACUCCCCACCAGGAGAAAAGGUCCCCAGAAAUCCUAUCAAGGGACUUCUGUACAACUGGAAAACUUGUUCUCCAGUCACACGAUACGUUCUAGGCUACUUCCUGACUUACUGGCUCCUGGGACUGCUCCUGCAUUGCAACUUCCUGCCCUGGACAUGACCUAGACUCUCAAGGGACAGGCUUGAAGCAGACUUAACCCAGGACUCUGAAAAUCCAAAUACACUUAGCA